AUGAUGGUCCAUUCACCGGCGACCUCUCCGCUUGUGAGGGGAGGUUCUCGGCACCAUCGUCUUCGAAAAUCCCAUGAAAAGAAGUUUCGCUCGCGAUCCACGUACAAUUCAGAGGUGAAAGUGAACGGCCAUGCUUUACUCAAUCCCAGCCCUGCAAUUGCGUCUGAAAAAAGCACCGCUGGGAAUAAGAGGAAAACUGUGACGAAAAGCCGUGCUCGUGUGGAGUGCACAAGGGGAAAUCUCAAAUGGGUAAUUCACGUUGAUACUCAUGGAGGUCAUGGAGGGGGUAAGAUCAAGAUUGUAAAAGGCGUCGAGACACUUGAAAGUAGUACUAGCAGCAGCGAUGAACCGCCGAGACAGGCACUGGCAACCGAAAGCCAACACAUCGUUUCACAAGAUUUGAUCGAUCUUGCGUCUGCUCAAAUUUUGAGACGGAAAGAGUCGCGAAUUGAAGGUCAUCAGCUCACUGCGAAACCGGAGGAAAAUUCAGUUAACAGGAGCUCCAACCACCGACGAUCCACUCCCUGCCCAUCGACCCCAGCCUCCUCACUUCCAUCUACUGGUCCACCAACACCUCAAACAUCUACUAGCCAGGACGACACACUUUUUGAUAGCGGCCAUCUGCCAGAGACCAAUUUAAAAGGUGAUGAUUUGAGGCGCCAAAGCAUGCUGAUUGACGAAAGGAGUGUGUGCUCGAACUAUUCAAUCCUAGAGUGGAGUUGUGAUGAACCCGACCACUCUACCCUGCUGAAAACUAAAUCUACCAAUAAAACCCCUGCGUUGGAAACUUCAUCUAAAAUAAGAGAGCAAUUCUUGAGGCCGAUUGCAAAGGUGGACAACAGCUCGUUCCAGAGUUCGGCACCUCAGGCCAGGAGUCACACUACAAAUAAAGAUUCGUUCACCACCGAAACUACUUUAUCUGACGAUUGCAACUGGAGAGGCCAACCUACGGAUGACAGUUUUAGCGUCAAGGAAAUAGUGGACUGCUUGGAGGUACCACCUAGCACAACCCGUCAUCUGUUUGACGAUAUUGAAGCACCGGAGCUUUCAUUUUCCGCAGAAGCAUUAUUAGAAUUGAGCGGGCCUCUGGAUGAUACUCCGCAACAUGAUCAACGGAGAAAAAAGUUUAGGGCUAAAAAAUCUUCGGGCCGCAGAAAAAAGCAGACUCGCGAAGCAAGUUGGAACGGCUCUGGAUCACUGUCUUCUUUGCCCGAAGGUCACGAAAUAUCAAAUAUAGAAAUGGAUGGGUGGACGGAGCCACGUAGCCAAGACAGCACCGCCGACAUGAGUAUAAGACCAAGUAAGGAGAAUUCACGUCCCCGAGACAGCCCGAAAAGCUUCGUAGAAAUUCAAAUUCGCCCUCUUAAGCGGCCAUCAAUGAUUGGCGUCGCUCCCUUGCAGAGAUCUCAGCUGACAUCAACGUCUAAGCCGGAGAUACGCGUGAGCGAUUCUCGGUUCAAGCGGACACCAACUUUGGGAUUAAGUCGUCGAGAGACAAUAUCACGGGCUCCCCACCGCUCGGUCAGUGCUGGUUCUAUUUCUUCGCGAAGCAGCCAAAAGCUUUGGUUGACGAACGGAUGCUCUCGCAUUUCGUCCAAGUGGACGGGCAAGACAAACAUGAACAAGUCACUUCCAAAUUUAUCCCAUGAAAUUACCCACGACAGAAUGUUUAGCAGCAUUUCAUGUUCCGACAUCAAGGGCUUGCAAAUAGGAACCUUGGAGAAUACACUGAACUCUGUGAGUUCUUCAGAAAGCUCGACUUCAUACAGUUGGUUCUGCCCCAAUCGCUAUCAUACAGAACGCAGCCCGGCAAUAAAUCCAUAUGAAGUUCCGGACCAAAUUAUGGAUCGUUCAGUUUCCACCCAGUUCAUGCAAUUGAACUUUACAACUGCUGACGGCUUCCAGGAAAUGGCAAAUGAAGAAGUGGAGAGUACAACAGAAGACCAGGAAGAUGAAAUCUUAUCUGACGAUGGUUCCAUUGAGCUUAUUGAGGUCAUCAAUCGUGCUGCUGAACGACGCGACUCGCUACCAAGGAAACCGACCCGUCAAAAUUCCUCGGAUCUAGAUGAUGAGCAUAGAUCGGGGCCUGAGUCUCGUCGCAGCGGCCAACGCGGGAACACACACGGGACAGCUACACUGGCCUCUAAUGCUCUAGUUGUUUCACCGACUAAAUCCAGACGAGGGUUCGGAUCACUUCUCCGAUCAAAAAGUUCAGAUUUUUCGGCCAUAUGGAAAGCCCCCAAAACACCAACAAAAUCAAAGAGCAUGUCGGUUGGCAAAGGCGAUAGCAAAUUUAAGCAAUUCCUUGCUUUUGCAAAUCAGAGCUUCGGUUCUAGUCGAGCAGGAGAGCUUCUCGAAGACGACGAGCACAGCAAAUAGGGUGCAAUUUAAAAAGAUGAUUCAGCAAAUUGUAUGACCAAUGCCAAAAUCACUACUUGUAAAUCUUUAUGUAGACACAGCCACCCAAAUAAUGCUUCAUCGUGACAUCAAUCACGCAACAACGAGUUGCUCCAUUCGUU